AAGACUCCACCAGGAGCUGUGUGCACUGCUGUUCUGGUUCAAGUUAGGCAGGUUGAUAUGGAAGAAAUCACACUGCAGUUGGCGUGGCCCUUUUUUACGUGGGAUGCCUAAAAGCUAAAAGGAGACGGCCAGGGAGAGGGGGAUGUUAUGAGGGCUAACGCAAAAAUGGAAGGUCUACUAUCUCCAAUGCGUACGAAGAUGACGGAGGGCCGUCGAUGUCAGGUGCACCUCCUAGAUGACAGGAAGCUGGAACUUCUUGUUCAGCCUAAACUCUUAGCAAAGGAGCUACUUGACUUGGUGGCAUCUCACUUCAACUUGAAGGAGAAGGAGUAUUUUGGGAUAGCAUUUACAGAUGAAACCGCACAUUUCAGUUGGCUACAGUUAGAUCGCAGAGUGUUGGAACAUGAUUUCCCGAAAAAGUCAGGACCAGUUGUGUUGUACUUCUGUGUGAAGUUCUACAUCGAAAGCAUUGCUUAUUUGAAGGACAACGCCACCAUUGAACUUUUCUUUCUAAAUGCAAAGUCUUGUAUCUACAAGGAACUGAUUGAAGUUGACACUGAGGCUAUUUUUGAAUUGGCUGCAUAUAUACUGCAGGAAGCGAAGGGAGAUUAUUCAAGCAAUGAAGUCACAAGGGCUGACUUAAAGAAGCUGCCAGUAUUGCCAACACAAGCUUUGAAGGAGCACCCAUCCCUCGCUUACUGUGAGGACAGAGUGAUCGAACAUCAUAAGAAGGUCAGUGGACAAACAAGGGGACAAGCUAUUGUGAAUUACAUGAGCAUUGCAGAAUCUCUUCCGACCUAUGGGGUGCACUAUUAUGCAGUAAAGGACAAACAAGGGAUCCCCUGGUGGCUGGGACUGAGUUACAAAGGAAUUUUUCAGUAUGAUUACCACGAUAAAGUGAAGCCCAGAAAGAUUUUCCAAUGGAGGCAAUUGGAGAACCUGUACUUCAGGGAGAAGAAAUUUUCUGUGGAAGUCCAUGACCCACGCAGGGCUUCUGUAACCAGGAGAACCUUUGGCCACAGUGGGAUCGCCGUACAUACAUGGUACGCCAGUGCUGCUCUGAUUAAGUCAGUUUGGGCAAUGGCUAUAAGUCAGCAUCAGUUUUAUCUGGACAGGAAACAAAGCAAGUCAAAAAUUCAUGCAGCAAGAAGCCUGAGCGAAAUCGCCAUUGAUCUAACGGAAACUGGAACGCUGAAGAUGUCCAAGCUCGCCAAUAUGGGAAGUAAGGGCAAAAUCAUCAGUGGAAGCAGCGGCAGCCUGCUGUCAUCAGGGUCCCAGGAGUCAGACAGUUCUCAGUCUGCCAAGAAGGAUAUGUUGGCUGCCCUGAAAUCUCGCCAGGAUGCUCUGGAGGAGACUCUUCGAGUACGAUUGGAGGAGCUGAAGAAACUAUGUCUGAGAGAGGCAGAGCUUACAGGAAAGUUACCAAAAGAAUAUCCUUUGGACCCAGGGGAGCAGUUGCCCACUGUCCGCCGUAGGAUAGGCACCUCCUUUAAACUGGAUGAACAGAAGAUCAUGCCCAAGGGGGAGGAGGUUGAGCUGGAAAGACUAGAGAGAGAGUUUGCCAUCCAGUCUCAGAUCACUGAGGCAGCACGGCGCCUUGCCACUGACCCUAAUGUCAGCAAAAAGAUGAAGAAGCAAAGAAAGAUGUCCUACUUAAAUGCACUUAAGAAACUGCAGGACAUUGAAAACGCCAUCAAUGAAUACAGGGUCAGGUCUGGAAAGAAACCCACACAGAGGGCAUCCUUAAUCAUAGAGGAAGCAAACAUUGGCUCAGAAGACAGCUCACUGUCGGAUGCCCUGGUUCUUGAGGAUGAAGACUGUCAUGUUACUAGUGUUUCAUCGCCGGUACAGUCUCCACACAAAGGCCUCCCUCCACGACCUCCCUCACAUCAGAGACCUCCUCCCCCCCAGUCACUGGAUGGACUACGGCAGCUGCACUACCAUCGCAGUGAUUACGACAAGUCACCUAUCAAACCAAAAAUGUGGAAGGAGUCAUCCUUAGAUGAACCAUAUGAAAAGGUCAAAAAACGUGGCUCCCACAGCCACUCCAGCCUGGGGAGUGGACACACGCGGUUUCCCAGUGUAGGGAGCUGUGCAGAGGCAGGAGCUGGUGGAUCGCUGCAGAGCAGCCCUAUAAGAAGCGCUCCUCACUGGAACUGCUCCCAGUCCAGCAUGCCAUCCACACCGGAUCUACAGAUUCGAAGUCCCCCCUAUGUCCAUUCCACACGGUCGGUUGAUAUUAGCCCCACUCGCCUGCACAGUUUAGCACAGCACUUUAGACACAGGAGCUCCAGUUUGGAAUCCCAGGGCAAGUUGGUUGUGUCAGAGAAUGAAACAGGGAGUCCAGAUUUCUACACCCCAAGGACUCGUAGCAGUAAUGGCUCUGACCCUUUAGAUGACUGCUCCUCUUGCACCAGCCACUCCAGCUCGGAACACUACUACCCCGCUCACAUGCAUACCAACUACUCCACGCUGGCUGAGGACUCGCCAUCCAAGGCCAGGGAACGGCAGAGGCACCGGUCUGCCGGAAAUCUCGGUUCCUCCAAUUCAGGGAGCAUGCCCAAUCUGGCUGCUAAGAACGGCACUGGAAACGGCAGUGGGUUUUACCUUCACAGCCAGAGCCAGCCUUCCUCCCAGUAUAGGAUUAAGGAAUAUCCUUUGUACAUCGAGGGAAGUCCGACACCAGUGGUGGUGCGCAGUUUGGAAAAUGACCAAGAGGGACAUUACAGCGUGAAAGCACAAUUUAAAACAUCGAACUCCUAUACCGCAGGUGGGAUCUAUAAGGAUACUUGGCAUGGAGAUGAUCUUGAUUCAGUAAAGCUGACGCCAUCACGCUCUCAAAUUGUUAGGACUCCUUCCCUUGUUAAAGAUAAUGCUGAGAGGGGCACAAACAGAACUGCAUUGUCUGAUGAACUGCGGUCAUGGUAUGAAAGGUCUUCAGCCACACUGAAGGACCACAACAGACUCUCUCAUACAAGCUCUGACUCAUCAGACAGGAGUUCCCCGUACAGCACAGCUCAGAGCGCCUUCAUGGCUCACAGUAGGAUAACCCAUAUGCCUCAGACAUCCAAAGCAACGUCAGCUGUUUCAGCUGCCUCACCUCGCAGUAAAAGGAGCACAACGCAGUCUGCCGAAUCAGUAGUUUCUUCUCCAUCCAGCAGUCCACACCACAUUGUGUCCUGGCAGAGUGGGCCCUACCAGGACACUUGCUACAUGGACUCCCCACUCUAUUCAGAAUUGGCAGAUGUUCAGUGGUACGGAAGUGACAAUGCCAAGCCUGGAACUCUUGUCUGACACCGGACCUCAGAUCAAAGUACAAACGUCGACACCCUUCAGUGAUCACCUCACUGUCCCUUGUCACUGCCUUACUCUACGCACAGUCAUUAACCAGCAACUGCAGCUCCAAGCACUUUCACAAAAGAAAAAAAAUCAAUCAGCAAAGCCAAAAUGAAGCCUAAUUAAAGUACCACAGACUGUGCUGUCACUCAGGUAACCACUGGUCAACAAUAAUAAGGUCUUUAUGAAUAAAAUGCGACACUGCUUUUAAACUGUGAAUCGUAUACACCAGACCUCCUGUGCUCGAAGGCUGUGUGUAUGAUUUUGUUUUAUUCCCUUGUGCAAAGUAAUACUGACAGUGUAAUAAUGAAGUAUUUCAGAAUUUAACCAAGCAUUAUGUUUACUUGAAUAUUACCAAAGACCAACUUAAAGCUGAAGAGGGAGAUUUGGAUGAACGUUGUCCGCUGGUUACCUGAUAAAUAAGUUUUCAAUCUCUUGUUUCAUUAAUGGUUCUGGCAGAUAAUAAUGUGUGAAAGUUAUUAAAAAUGCAUUCUUCACCUUCAAAAAUGCCAGAGUGUAGGCAAGAUUGUUUUCCCAUAUUAAAAGCAACACAAUUUUGAAACAUUUGUGGAUGGCUUAUAUGGAGGCUGGAUGAGCUGUCCUUGAUGCUCAGACGUGUGGUCUAGUAGCUAGUACGUUGAUUAUAUCGGAAAAGCACACGGUUAGCAUAAUCCGCGUAUUUCUAGACUGCACAAAUAUUGCAUUAUGUACAAUGCCAGUCUUAGUUUAAGCUUUGAAUUAGCUCGCUGAUCGUAUAUUCUCUUCAAGGACUUUAGCUGAUUUAUUGGACAAGACCUUGGAGAGUUGUCAGCCCUUAGAAGGCCUCACAAAUUUUUAAAAAAUAUUUUCCCAUGAAGUACUCAUCAGAAAUAAUUUAGUGGCUGGCACGGAAAGUUCGCAAAGUCUGUAGCACAGAUUUCUCAGCAAGGUGACUGUUGCAGCAGGACAUUGAUCUUGCCAAAAAAUUAAAGGGAGCAUUUUUUUUUUCUCUCUCCUUCUGAAUAUUUGAUGGUUUCCUGUUGGAGUCGGGA